GUGCACGGGAUUUCGAGGUACGAGGUGCCUGUUGUCCUAUACGUAUCAGAGUACGCACAUCAAAAGUGGCUAGUUUGAAUUUACAUCGGGGACGACGAAGGGCUUCCACCGAUGGUGGGAAUUGGAUGGUAGCCGAGGCUGUGCCAAAUUGCUCUGAAUCACAGGAUGUCCUUGAAAAAAGUAGACCGUCUUCAACGUCCGAUGGUCAACUGGAAACUAAUUCUCUGACCGAUCAAACUGUUGUAUCGACAGUGACAACUACAACCGCAUCUGAAACUACUCAGUCCCAACCUGUCCCAGAUUCGGAUUCGAAUCUGACUGCUCCUGUCCAGUCCGUCCCUGAUUUUCAAAUCACUCCGGAUGUGCAGCCUAAAAUGGACUGUACUAGCGAUAACGAUGGUAGCAUCCUCGUUGAACCGGAGAGACAGAGCAACCGGGAUGUCGUGGAAGAGGAUGAACUGGAUCUGGAGGAUCGUCCAUUGACCGUAGAUAUGCCUCAUGAAUCAGAGAUGGUCGCCGGUGAUGCGGACAUACUCAAAUCCUCUCCGAAACCAGCCCCCACUCCAAUGGAAUGUGAAUCCUCAGAACUAGCGGUUGAUGAUAUAGGUAUGUUCUUCUGUGAAGGGUUCUUCGUUAGUAAUCCACAAUACCCGUAA